AUGGCCGUCCCUCCAGCUGUGAUCCAAGAGGUCGAGACCAUUGUGAAUGGUGCGGAACCAGUGAACACCAGAGUGAGCAAAGUGUUGAGGGUCCUGGAAGGCCAUGGCCUCUGCCAAACCCAGACUCUGAGGCCAUCCCAGGUCCUGUGCCAUCCGUCGAAUCGCGGGGGCCAAAUGGUCUCACACUUCGAUGUGUGGCAGAAGGGCCACCAGCUUCUGGGCGUCGGUCUCCAGGUCCAGUUGCUCGAGCACAGCAUCUGCAUCCAACUGGCCACAGAUCCCCAGAAGCGCCAACAGCAAAUCUGGAAGAACCAGCAGCUUGUCCAGGAAGCAGGAGGCUCCCUGGCGCCAGUCACUGGCCAGGAGGGCUUUCUGAGCCUAGCCUCCAGCCACACCACCGCCUUUCUGAGAUGCCUGGAGCAUGGUUGCCAAGAUGCCAAUGGCAAAGCCAUUUCCGUGCCCAAAACCGAUCCAGUUUGGGAAGCCAUCGAGCACGGAUGGAUGUGGCACGUGGUAGCUUCCUCGGUGGAGGAAGCCAUGCCCAGGCUGCCGCAGUUUUUCCAAGUCGGUGCCAACAGUGGCAAUGCCAUAGGCAGGGCCACCAGCGAGCUGGAGGCAGCCUGCCAGAUCGCAGCCCAACUCCAGCUGGGGUCCACUUUGGAGGCCGCCAUCAACCAGGUAGCAAGCGGGGAGGUGGCCUGCAGGGCCAGUUUGGCCAGUAUAGGCCACUACGUGUCCAGAUACUCUGGAGGCCCAGGUGCACCACUGCUGAAAUUUCUGUCCCAAUUCGGCCAGACUUUCGGCUGCACCCUCAUGCUGGGCCAAGAGUUCACAGAAACACUGGCCCACAUGAGUUUCCAAGAGGCAACCAACCUCUUUCCAUUCACCCGCACGGCCAUUUGGGCGACCCAACUCACUGCCAGCAAGAGCUCCGAUGGGUUUUCCAAGAUGGUGACCAAGUCCGACUUGCAGACCUUGUGCAGCCCAAAGGCCCUGGACCAGGCCAAAGCAGCAGAGUCGCUGCUGGCGGACUGCUGGCAGGUGGUCCAGUCCCAGCUGCCACCGACCACUGCGGAGAAUCACAAGAAAACGGUCCAUCUCUACCGCUGCUUUGGCAAGCUUUGCUUCAGAACCACGUUGUUCCAGCUCAAGAAGCAAAAACUGGCGCCUGACGGGCUCACGUUCCAGACCCUGCCAGAGAUUCUCGACCGCUUCACCAAGGAGCUCCAGGGCCUCACCACAACGCCUGCCACCGGCAGUCGGGCAGCCACCAUCGAGGAUGCGGUGAAGGCCGAGCCGUUCCAGGCCAUGCUGCUCCAGAACACCCACAUCAAGGAGCAUGGGGCCAAGGUCUUCGAGCUGCUGCAGGUGACCAACGAUGGUGCAACCAUGCAACACAGGCCCAUCCUCCUGCCAGCAGAGAACAUCCAGGUGGCACUCCAUGAGCUGAAGAAAUGGAGGGUGUCGAAGCAAGGCAUGCCUGCUUUGCUUGCAGAGGCCAUGCUUGCCAAGGCCUUCCCCACGGAGCAUGCACUGGCUUUGGAAGAGUACCAGAAAGCCCAAGUGGUCGUUGCUUUGAGAGAAUGCUACGAAAAGCAUUCCUGCCAAGACCAAGAGGUCUUGGCCUUCGCCACCAACCCCCAGGCGCUGUUUGCCAGGACAACCAUCCCAGCCAAGAAGUUGCGGCUUGUGCCACUGGGGCCAGUGUCGAAGGUCAAGGCAGACCAGGCCAAGACGUCCAAA